AUGGCCCCUUCCGGACUUGAGGCCUUUAUCGAGAUCGACAGCUCUCGUCAGAUCCCAAGCCCGCCCGCUGCAUUGCGCAAGGACAAGCAACGUGUCUCACAGCAUUCAUCCAAUUACGAAUUACACGAGAUCCAACCACUCGAGCAAAGCUCGACGGUAGUUCCCAAGCCCGUGAAACCCUCCACGGGUGAUCCCUCUACGCCCACGCCUACUCCCAGAGUAUUAGAAAAUCGCCUACCAUCUCCACCUGCGAAUGAUGUCACGGAAUGGGCUCCAGAUCGCACGGCAACGUCGUGGAAGACCAAAUGGCGACUCCUGAGCUGCUGCUUGAUCAAUUUCGGCAACGGGAUGAACGACAGUGCCCCCGGUGCGCUGAUCCCGUAUAUUGAAAAACAUUACAGCAUUGGGUACGCUGUGGUCUCGUUGAUAUUCGUGACCAACGCACUGGGCUUCAUCUCUGCGGCUCCUGUUACACAUGCUAUUGAGCACAAGCUCGGCCGGUCCAAAAGCUAUGCGCUCGCUAUGUCGCUCCUGGUCGUCAGCUACGUGGUUAUCAUCUGUCAGCCGCCGUUUCCUGUUGUCGUGGCGUGUUUCUUUUUGCUUGGAUUUGGUAUGGCACUCAGCUUGGCUCUGAGCAAUGUGUACUGUGCCAACUUGCCGAAUUCCACGACAGCACUGAGUUGUGUUCAUGGCUCGUAUGGUAUUGGAGGCACGGUGGCACCGCUGUUCGCGACUGCGAUGGUGUCGAAUGGGAUCCGUUGGUCGCUUUUCUAUACGGUUUCUUUGGCCUUUUCUCUAAUUAAUCUUUCCUAUUCCUCGUGGGCGUUCUUGGGCUUUGAGCAUGAUACCCCCGUCGAGCUUCUACGGCCGACAGCCUCACGUCCGACAGGCGAGGGUGAGCCCUUGACGAGGAAACAGCUACUCAAAUCAGCCAUUCGCAACCGCACAACCUUACUCGGUGCCCUCUUCAUCUUCGCCUACCAAGGCGCCGAAGUAUCUACCUCGGGCUGGGUGGUAUCUUUCCUCAUCAGCUACCGACACGGCGACCCCUCCAGCGUUGGAUAUGUUAGUGCAGGCUUCUGGGCCGGCAUUACCACCGGUCGAUUUAUAUUGUCCCAUCCUGCCGCCAAGCUGGGCCACAAGACUGCGGUUUUGAUCAUGGUGGCAGGUGCCGUGGCCUUCCAGCUGCUGACCUGGCUGAUCCCGAAUGUGGUUGGGGAUGCCGUGACGGUCGCGAUCCUGGGUCUGCUGUUAGGUCCUGUGUACACGAGUGCCACGGCUGUUUUCACACAGCUGCUCCCGCGGAACAUCCACAUCCCCAGUCUCAGCUUUAUUAGUGCUCUUGGCAGUAGUGGGGGUGCUGUCUCGCCCUUCUUUACCGGUCUUCUUGCCCAGAAUGUGGGGACGAUGGUACUGCAUCCGAUCUGUAUUGGUUUGUAUGGAGUGAUGGCGACUAGUUGGUUGCUGUUACCGAAAAUUUCCAAGCGAUCCGAGUAA